AUGGCGGGCUACGAUGACUACACAAACGGCUACCACGACGCCUCCUCCUCGGGCCCCCGAAUCAACAUCCGCGACCACAACGAGAAAACCAUCGACUUCGUCCUCUCCAACACCACUCUCUCCCUCGCCAACAGCCUCCGCCGAACCAUGCUGGCCGAGAUCCCCACCCUCGCCAUCGACCUCGUGGAAAUCGAAACCAACACCUCCGUCCUCGCCGACGAGUUCCUCGCCCACCGCAUGGGCCUCCUCCCCCUCAGCACCCGCGGCGUGGAAGAAACCCUCUACACCCGGGACUGCGACUGCGACGAGUUCUGCGACAACUGCUCCGCCAUCCUGCGCCUGCACGUCGCGAACCGCACCUUAGACCAGAACCUCAAAGUCUUCGCCCGAGACCUCGUGGUGGAAAGGAUCGACGGCUCCGCAGUCCACGACCCCCGGCCCCGAAACGAUGCCGGUCUAGUCCUCGACCAGAACGAAUUACCCCCCCGCGCCUUCCCCAUCAUCAUGGACCCGGCGGGCGAAGGACCCCUAAUCUGCAAACUCCGCAAAGGGCAAGAAAUACGAUUAAGGUGUAUAGUGAAAAAAGGCAUAGCGAAAGAACACGCCAAAUGGGCCCCCACGGCUGCCAUAGGCUUCGAAUACGACCCGCAUAAUAAACUCCGACACACGACUUUAUGGUACGAGGGUGAUGAUGCCAAAGCCGAGUGGCCCGAGAGCAAGAAUAGGGAUUGGGAGGAGCCGGAGCAGGAGGGACAGAGGUUCGAUUAUAAUGCCGAACCAGACCAAUUCUUUAUUAAUCUCGAGGGGACGGGGGUCAUGCAUCCGGAUCAGGUUUUUCAUGCGGGAAUUUCGACGCUGCAGUUGAAGUUGGGGCAGGUGAUACAGCAAUUGCAGGGUUUGACGGUCGAGGGGAAGGAGAUCGGGGGUGGGGCAGCGGGAGGGGAUGGAGCGUUUACGCCGCCGGCGGAGCCGAUGGCGGUGGAUAUGGGGGGUGGUACGGCGUAUGGGAGUGGGACUGCUUAUGGUGGUGGGGGUAGGACGCCGGGGUAUGGCCAGACGACUGCUUAUGGUGGGACUACGCCUGCGUAUGGUGGUGGUGGUGGUGCUGGGGGCCAAGGGACGGCGUAUGGAGGGCAGACUCCUGCGUAUGGGGCUGGGAGCGGAAGUGCUUAUGGGGCUGGGAUGGGGGGUGCGACGCCGUAUGGGCAGAGGCCUGGGUAUUGA